UGUAGGUAAAAAAGGUGUUUAAAUACAAUAAAAUGAAGUUUUUCACGUGUCUAAUGUUACUAUUGUUUAUACGAAAUUCAGUGAAAAGUGAGAAGCCAUUUAAAAGUGUUCCAGUGACUGUAAAAACUUAUGAAAACGAUACUGUGUUGUUACCGUGCUAUAUUGAAGGGAAUGAAGGCGAACUCCGCGUCCGAUGGUAUAAAGACAAGAUACUCCUGGGUGACAGUCACACUCCUGAAGAACCCCUCCCGCCUAGAGUGCAGAUGCAUUCCAACUACAGUCUGCAGGUGGACAACCUUCAAACUCAGGACACUGCUGACUAUACUUGUGAGAUCAUCCGACCGGAGCCCUGGGGACCAAUCAAGCAGACACAUUCCAUAGAAGUACUGUUUUCUCCAACGGUAAAGACGGUGCCAGAAGACGGUUUCCUAGAAGUUCGCAAGGGAGAUUACGUGGAUAUAGGAUGUGAGACGACGGGCACACCGCCCCCUAUCGUAGACUGGAGGAAAAACGGGGAACCGAUGGCGCUAUUAGAACAUCGGUCCCGCAUCAGGUUCAGGGCGGAACAUCGGCUGCUAGCAGGAGUGUAUGAGUGCAUCGCCAAUAAUGGAGUAGGAGAUCCAGCUAGAGCCACUAUCACUGUGGUUAUACAAGAUGCUCCUGUAGUCACAUCAGACCGUUCCUACGUGCAUACUGCUGUAGGGCUCCGAGCUGCUUUGGCUGCUAAGCUGGAGUUCGCAGUUCCACCAGCUAGAACUGCCUGGUACAGGGACGGGAGACCCGUGAGGACUGAUGAUAGGAUUGUACAAAUGGUACAUGACAAUGUACACCACCUGAUCUUCAGGAGCGUCAGGAAGACUGACUUCGGAAACUACACGUUCAGGGCGGAGAAUAAACUGGGCAUGGCUGAUCUCAUGUUUAAACUUACAGGAGUACCAAACGCAGCAUCAUUCAAAGUGGACCCCAAUCUCAACAAAGCUACAGCAACUAGCUUCACCCUGAUCUGGGAAGUCGACUCCUAUUCCACUAUCAUCGAAUACAAUCUAUGGCUUCGUCCGUACUACGGUCGCCUGGUUACUCCUGAACCGGAUGCCUUCACUACAGAGCCCCCUGCUAACCAUUGGAUCAAGAUUAUCGUGCCCGGAGACUCCAGCGAUGGACCGAUCCACAGCGCAAUAUACACUGUACGAGGAUUAACACCAUCAACUGUAUAUGAAGCUAUCGUUACAUCGAGAAACAGGUUUGGUUGGAGUAAGCCAUCUUCGAUAUUACAUUUCGCUACUGAGCCGGGAGCUGGUCGUACAAGACCAUCAACGGCAGAUUAUUCAGAAAUAACUCCAAUACUCGUUGAAACGGAGCCGGAGCCUUACAACAUUUCUCAAGCUCAAGUUUUCGAACGACUCAACGAACUGUCAAAUGGAGCGCGGGAAACUACAUCUUUGGCGGCCAUUUUAAUUUGUUAUUGUAUUUUAUUUAUAUUCAGCUGAGUUUGAUUUUGUUAUAUUUUUCUAGAUACCUAGUAGAUAUCUAUUUGUUUUAUUAAAAAAUAUCUGAAACCAGUGAGUGGUAGGGAAAUAAGCUCAAAAGGUUACUAGGAAAACCCUUUUUUAUGUCUUCUUUUCCAAUUUUAAUUAGAGGCGAUAGUAACUGAUAGAAAUCUAAUUCUAUUUAUUUCUCUAUUUUCUUUCCUACCUGUAAUAUGAAUGUAUGUAUACCUACUUAAAUAAUCUUUUGAUCAACCCUAUGUAUAAGAUACUUUAAAAUUAAUAGGAAUUUAUUAACAUAAGUUAAAAUAAUAUUUAUUCUUAACUCUAACUUCAAAAAUUUCGUUUAAUUUGGUUGAAAAUGAUUGUAAAUUGGUAAAUGUAUUUAGAUAGGAACAGUUAUUAAAUGUUAACAAAGGUUCCUGUAAUGUAAAUAAAUAGAAAUUAAG